AUGCUGCGGUCCCACGAUCGUCUACAUAUCCACAACGACCCGUUCGCAUCGAAAGCCCGCGGCUCAGGCCGGUACCUCGCGCUCCUCUUCCUGCCCGCGGUCAUCUUCGGCGCCGACGCCACGCUGUUCAGCGCACUGGCGGUCGUCGACGGCGUCCUGGAGUGGUGGAAGCGCUGGUCCGCCGCGACGCUCCUGCGCUCGAUGCUCAAGGCCUCCCUCGCCGGCAAGAUCUCGGCGCUCUCCGGCGUCGACGUCGCGGACAAGGAGCCGAGCGACGUCGCGGUCAUGUUGAUCACGUCGAUCAAAAUGGACCUCCUCGGGGACCUCUCGCUGGUGCUGGCGCGCGCCGAAGCCUGGACGACGUCGAUCCUCAUGGCCUGGGCCGCCCAGACGGUCCCCGCGAUCCAGGCGACGGCGCAGGCGCUGCUUCCGCUGGCCACCGCAGGGCUGCUGCUGCACCCGGCGCCGCGGCGCGAGGCGGCGGCGGUGUGGAGGCGCCUCCGCGGGAGCGAGUUCGGCGCGAAGCACCGCCGCUCGAUCGCGUCCUCGCUGUCGGGGGCGGAUUCGGACGGGCCAGCGCAGGACAGCGCCGGCCCCGAGGUGGGCGCCGCGUUCGCCGCGACGGUGAGGGCGCACAACGGGGCGGAGGACGGCGGCGGGUGCGCGUACGCGCAGCUCGUGGAGGAGUACGAGCACGUGCUGCGCUGCAGCCGGUGCACGAACCAGGACUACGUGCGCCUGGCAGUGCACGCGUCCGCGGAGCUGACGGACCUGCGGCCCGACGGGUGGCAGCCGAGGUCGGCGCAGCGGCGGUGGAACUUCCUCGCGGAGCUCGGGCUGCCGGACUCGGAGGUCCGGAGACGGGUCGCGCGCGAGAUCCCGGCGCUGGAGGUGCUAGAGAGGCGGUUGGGUGAGAGCGCGCUAGACCUGGGGCUGCAGCAGCUCGAGGCCGCCGAGCGCCACGCCAUCCGCGACGGCGUCCCGCCCCUGAAGGCCACGCAGGCGCUCGCGUGGUACGCGGCGCAGGUCGGCCCGCCGUCGUGGCCGUAUGUCUUGCAGCGCAUCCUGCCCGCGACGGGCGUGAUGGAUCCCCCGCUGCACACCGCCGCGUACCGCGCGCCCCGGAUGCCAGAGAUCCUGCGGAGGGCGCUGGUGACGCGUCCGGCGCCGGAGGUCGUCGUGAACCCACACCACCCCGUCAUGCAAGAGCGGCGCGCUGCUGCGCUCGCGGCGGACGGCUGGCCGCACGCCGUGCAGUACCGCGCGCUCGCAGCGAUAGAGCGCAUUCGCGGCGGCGCGGACGAGGAGGGCGCGCGCUCGCCGCCUCUGGCGCUGCGGAUGGGCAACUUGUGGCGGUACCUGACAGGUGUGGCGGGGCGGCGGCCGAUCGCGGCGGUCGCGGGCGUGCUGGACGCCCUGCGUGGGUACGCGAUUGCGUGCGUGGUCGCGGGGCAGACCCGCGGGGCCGUCGGGGGCGUCCGCGAGGUCCUGUCCGGCACGUGGAUACUCCUCCGGGAGUCUCAGGCGGCGCACGCGCUGCGGACGGUCGGCACGGGGUGGAUCGUAGGCGCGGUGGUGUUCGGCUCCGCGGCGCUGAUCGUGCCGCUGCUGGCCAUGUACGACGUGGGCCCGUGGUGGGCGUCGAUGCUGCGGAUGUGGCUGGCCGCGGCGACGGCGGGGAUCGGCGGGCUGCGGGCGUCGUUCCUGUGGCGGGGCGGCCUUCGAGGCGCGGCGCGGCGGCCGCAGUGGGCGGUGGGAGCAUUCGUCGCGCAGCCCAUGGCGAUCGCCGCCGCAAUGCUGCUCCUGCGGGUGGGCUUCGUGGCGCUCGACGUCCCGGGCGGCGGCAUCCGGGACGCCGCGUCGACGAUGUGGCUGGCAAUCAAGGCGGGCGUGAGGGGCACGCAGGGCUUCCUGGAGGAGCUCCUCCCGGACGCGCUUGCGCUGGCGGAGGCCAAGGAGUCGGCGACGGCAACCAUCACCGCGGUCGCGGGCACGGCGACAGCCGGCACGACGACCGUGGCGGCGGACGCGCUGUCGGGCGUGGCGCUGUCGACCAUCCUGCUCGUCUCCUCCAUCCCGCUGCUCGCCGUCCUGCUCGCCGGAUCCCUGAUGCUGCCCGCGGCACACACGAGCGUCAAGGGGGACGGGAGUGCCGCGCGGGGGCACGUGGCUGCGCUGCUGGCGUCGCAGGCGCGGUUCUUGGGCGUGGCGGUGCUGCUGGGUGCGCUGUGGGUCACGGGCGUGUCGGGCGCGCGCUGGGGCGCGGCCAUGGCGUGUGGGGUGACGGUGGGCGCGCUUGAGGUGCGGCAGUGGCCGCGGCUGGGGCCGGCGGCGUGGCGGCAGGUGGCGAGCGGGUGGAGGCGGGAGGCGCGGGCGGAGGCGGGACCGGGAGGGGUGUGA